AUGACUGAAAUAGUUAGUUUAGAUCCAUAUUUUGAUGAUGAAGAUGUAAAAGCAUUACCAUCAUGUGAUCCGGCAACUUUACCGUUUUCUUCACUUUCUCAACCAUGUAUUUUAUGUUCGAGAGUAGAAGCAGAAACUAUUCUAAAGACAACGGCUGGUGUUCGACCUGGCAACUUUAUAGUUCGUCCAAGUGCUCAUAUCAAUCAUCCAUAUUCAUUAUCUAUCUUGUCUAAUGAUAAUAAUAUAUAUCAUUUUCAAAUUUGUCAAAUAUCAAAUAAAUACACCUUAGAACCGUUUGAAACAGCUGAUUUAUUAACAAGAGAAAGAUUUUCUUCAUUAUCUUUGUUUCUUGAAUAUUAUUCAACAAAUCCAAUUAAAUUUAACGAUAAUAAUGAUAAAAAACAUUCAAUUAUUUUACAAUUAUAUUCGAUUAUUGAAAUAACACGAUUAUAA